CAUUCUCCUGACUCUCAUCUCGUCUCUGUCCGUUUUCUCUUCCUCUCUCCGUUUCUCUCUCUCCUCUCUCCUAUUUGUCUGCUCUGUCUCAUAUCGGACUUAUAUCUGCUCCGCUUCGCUCUGUUGUCAAAUUUCCUGUUGUGAAUAUCUCUCGGUCAUCAGACGCCAUCGGUCACAAAUCCUUCAGUCUCUCAGGCCUUACGAGUUCACUCUCUGUUCGUCAUCAUGAACCCCAUGAGUCCUCUGGCAGCCGCUGAGGCACCCAGGAGGGCCCAUCUCUACGUUGGCAAUCUGAGCCCCAGGGUCACAGAGUAUAUGCUCACAGAGAUUUUCGCCGUGGCCGGGCCCGUGCAGCACGUCAAAAUCAUCCCCGAUCGUAACUACCAACACGGAGGCCUCAACUACGGCUUCGUCGAGUACAUGGACAUGCGUGCCGCUGAGACUGCUUUGCAGACUCUGAACGGUCGCAAGAUCUUCGACACCGAGAUUCGCGUCAACUGGGCCUACCAGGGACAACAGAACAAGGAGGACACUUCCAACCACUUCCACGUCUUCGUUGGCGACCUCAGCCCGGAAGUCAACGAUGAAGUCCUCGCCAAGGCCUUCAGUGCCUUCGGUACGCUCUCCGAUGCUCGUGUCAUGUGGGACAUGAACUCGGGCAAAUCCCGCGGUUACGGCUUCCUCGCAUUCCGUGACAAGACCGACGCGGAGCAGGCCAUCGCAACCAUGAACGGCGAGUGGCUUGGUUCACGCGCCAUUCGUGUGAAUUGGGCAAACCAGAAGACGCAGGGCGCUCCUGCCGCGUCGUCGUCGCCUGUUGCUCGCAUCGGCGGCGGCAUAGGUGGGGGUGCACCUGCACCGAUCAACUUCCAGGGCGGCCCAUUGUCGUACGAGUCGGUUGUGCAGCAGACGCCCCAGUACAACAGCACUGUCUACGUCGGCAACCUCGUCCCGUAUUGCACGCAGGCAGAUCUCAUCCCGCUCUUCCAAUCGAUCGGCUACCUGUCGGAAAUUCGGAUGCAGGCCGACCGUGGGUUCGCCUUCGUCAAGCUCGAUACGCAUGAACAUGCCGCCAUGGCGAUUGUGCAGCUCCAAGGUCAGAUGGUGCAUGGUCGCCCCAUCAAGUGUAGCUGGGGCAAGGAUCGUGCCGACGGGGGAGCUGCGCUCUCUACUGGCUCCAUGAGUCCGACCCCGGCGGCUGCGCCUUACGGCAACAUGCCUAUGUACGGUAUGCCACAGCCUAACACGUAUGGCCAGUACGGUUUUGGUGCCUACGGUGGCUUCCCCAACCAGGCUGGAGCAACGGGUACUCCUGGCGCAGCUCCUUCGGGCAUGGGUAGCCCAGUGGCUAGUGCCGCUGUCAUGGGAAUGGGUGCAGGCGGCGCGGGCGCGGAUCCCUCCAUCGCUGCGGGCGGUGCCGCUCAGGGCCAGUGGGCUGGUGCGGACCCGAACUCGUACUACUCGAAUUAUUGGGGUGGUUACUACGGCCAGCAAGCCCAGGGUGACCCUCAACAUCAGGGUGCUUAACUCUGCAACCGUCGUGUCAAGUGUAGCUCUUAUUCAUGGGUCAUGUUUUGUCAGUCUGUGCGAGUACGGCCCUGUCUUUACCUCGUCCGCCCACCAUGCACGAUUAGUCCAUUAGCAUCAUCUCUCUCAAAAGCCUGUUUCAUUCAUUCACGGUUAUAUUCGCAGUGCAGAUGUCUUUGCUCUUGUGAUGAAAUAAGCUCCCCUGCUCCGUUUUUAUGAUUCAGAUGAUAACAAUGUGUUGUAUAGCUAUCUAUCCCGUUUCCGCGCUUGCUAGCUUGUAAGUCCUGUGCGUUCACGCCGUUGUUAGGUAGAGUAAUUUCACUCUCCGAAGUCCUGAUUAAUGUUGCUGCCCGAAACUGAAACCAUUUCCUCUCGCUUCA